AGGUGUAAUAUAUCCCUAAUCCCUCGUCGAAAUGGGUGGGUUUGCGAAGUGUGAAAGUAGAGGCCCCGGAGAGAGAGAGGGGAAGAGAAACUAGGGUUUGAGAGAGAGCAGAGCAGGGUGUGAACUGUGAAGGUAGUCGGAGAAGAAGGUAGUUAAAUGGAAGUGGUGGCAGAGAAGAAGGAAUUCGACACCAACAAGAAUUCCUCCUCGAACGCAUUGGAUCCCUCAUCUACGCUUUCCACCAUCGCCAACGCAGCAGCAGAUAAAGAGGCCGAAGAUCGCGAACGCCAAGCUCGCGACCUCAAGGCCGGUUUCCACCCUCUCAAGCACAAGUUUGUCUUUUGGUACACUCGUCGAACACCUGGAGUUCGGAGUCAAACAUCAUAUGAAGAUAAUAUAAAGAAAAUUGUGGAUUUUAGUACGGUUGAAGCUUUUUGGGUCUGCUAUUGCCAUUUGGCUCGUCCAUCAUCUUUGCCGAACCCAACUGAUUUGCAUCUUUUUAAGGAGGGAAUCCGCCCUCUGUGGGAGGAUUCUGCCAACUGCAAUGGUGGUAAGUGGAUUAUACGGUUCAAGAAGGCAAUCUCAGGUCGCUUUUGGGAGGAUUUGGUUCUAGCCUUAGUGGGUGACCAACUUGAUUAUGGUGACAACGUUUGUGGUGUGGUACUAAGCAUUCGGUUCAAUGAGGACAUACUGAGCGUGUGGAACCGUAAUGCGUCGGAUCAUCAGGCUGUGAUGGCAUUAAGAGAUGCAAUAAAACGGCACUUGAAGCUUCCCCAUAGCUAUGUAAUGGAAUAUAAGCCCCAUGAUGCUUCCCUGCGUGACAACUCCUCCUAUAGAAACACUUGGUUGAGAGGAUAGGAUAUUGAUGAGGCAUUCUCUCAUAUUCUACCAGGUAGGCAUAAAAAGGUUGCAAGCUGUUCGGUAUUGUGUCAAUCGCCCUAUAUUAUGGUGCUUGCUUUUCAUGGGGAUCAGGAUCACAACCAAAUAAUACUGGUAUACGACGAAACAUAUUGUGGUUUGUGUACUGAGUAUUGGCCAUAGUACAAUGUUAUUUCGGUACUUUGCUUUUUUACUAACUGCUAAAUUAUAGUUCGUUUCAGUUUAAAA